UUACUAUUACUAGUCCUAAAGAAGACGCAUGACGGUUUUCAUUGGCGGUUGAUGUAUCUGAUAAGGACUUUGACUUUGUUUUGUGAUGCCGGGUUAUGACUUAAAGAUUAAUGGUGAGUACGCCCGGUUAGAGUCUCUUCUUUGCUCCUCGUGUGAACUGAUACUAAGAGACGCUAUACAAAAUGAAGAAGGUCUUAGGUUCUGUAAGACUUGCUGGGAGACCCUAAGUUCUUUUGGUUCAAAAGCUCAGAAAUUGGGAGUUGAUCCAUCUGAACCUACACAUCCUGACAUCGCUGUUAGAAGAGAGAUUGAUAAGCUUCCGGUACUAUGUGAGAACUAUGAGAAUGGUUGUGAAUGGACAGGAACACUGAAAGACCAUGAGCAUAACCACAAAGCUCACUGUGAGUAUAAGACUGAGAGGUGUUCUCUUGGCUGCGGUAAAAGAAUCCCUCUUGGAAAGUUGAGGAAACAUGAACAAGAAGAGUGCCCAUUUCGAAAAGUCCGAUGUCCACAUUGCAGAAGCGAAUUGUUGGCUGGAGACUAUGAUGAUCACCUAUUGAGUUGUCCUAAUGCCCCUUAUACUUGUGAUCAUUGUCUCAUUGAAAUGCCAAGGAGUGAAAUGGAUAACCAUGUGCUACUUAACUGCACAGAAAAGUUAACUUGUUUUGGAUGCCAAACAAAGAUAAACAGAAGGCAUCCAAAUCUUACAAGUCAUUUAGAGCGUGAACAACUCUUCAUGCAUCUCCAAAGGCUAGGAUUGUUUAUCAAGACAUUGGAGACACAAUUGAAAGUAGAAGUGAAAGAGAUUCGAAAAGAGCUCACAGACUUUACUGAAAGUAUUUCCAAAUUUAAGGAUCAAAUGAUUAAUGAUAGCUCCUCACAAAUGCAACAAGUCAAACAACUUGAAGAGCGUCUUAAAGGAGAACCUUCAAAUCAAAUUAUACUGGACUUACAAGAAAGAGUUAAACAACUAAAUGACAAAGUUAAUAAGCUGGAAUCUGGAGCAAGCUACCGUCCUCUUAACCAGGGCUAUGACGACAUGUCAACAAGUGAUAGCAAAAUGGGAGGAUCAAUCGAGCAGAAAUUAGCAGAGCAGGAAAGGACGUCUGGGAUGUUAAAAGUUCAUCUAUCAGAGCUCGAGUUACAAUUACAAGCUUCUCUUGCUUCUACCUACAAUGGCUCAUUUUUGUGGCGCAUACCUGACGUCAAACGAAGGAAAAGAGAUGCAAUUGAAGGGAAAAUCACAUCAAUCUACAGUCCACCUUUCUACACUGGACGAAAUGGAUAUAAGAUGUGUAUUCGUGCCUAUCUCAAUGGAGAUGGGAUUGGGUAUAAUACACAUCUAUCCAUUUUUUUCGUGUUGAUGAAAGGUGAAUAUGACCCAUUAUUAAAGUGGCCUUUUGACUACAAAGUGUCUUUAAUCAUGGUGGAUCAAGACCACAAGAGGCACAUUGUGCAAACCUUCAAGCCAUCUCCUAGUUCAAGUAGCUUCCAGAGACCAAAAUCAGACAUGAAUAUCGCCUCUGGGUGUCCAAAAUUUGCCGAGUUAAAAAUCCUCGACAAUGAAUCAUACGUAAAAGAAGACGUAAUGUAUGUUAAAGCAAUUGUGGAUACUACUAGGAUUUUUCACCCCUAAAAACGAAUGGUUUUUUUUGCAAAAAAAUUUAUUAGAUUGGUACCUAAAGCAGACCAACAAGAUAUUGGUAUGCCUAGUAAAUACCAGUUAGGCCUCUGUCUGUAUAUGCACAUUUUGGAGAUAAUUCAUCAUUAAAAUGUUCUUAAAAGUUAAUAAAUAGUACACUAUAAUACACAA